UGUCAGAAUCUCACGUGUUUCCCUCCGGAUGUGAAGUGCUAUGGCUUCUGUGAUCAGGGUGUUGUAACUGUACCUCUCAUGUUUAAUGAGAACAUCAAGCAGCAGCCUGCAGACUUCCUGCAGCUCGAGAAGGCCUACAGCGAAUUUGCCACUCAGUUCAUCACUGAUGCUGUCCGAAAUAACGGCCCGUUCUUCCUGUACUAUCCUUCACAUCACACACACUACCCUCAGUAUGCAGGUGCAGACUAUGCAGGGAAGUCUCCUCGUGGGCCGUUCGGUGACGCUCUGAUGGAGUUUGAUGGCACUGUGGGGAAGAUUCUGCAAACUCUGGAGGAGACGGGGGUGAUCAACAACACUCUCGUCUUCUUCACUGGUGACAACGGGCCAGAGCUCAUGCGGAAGUCUCGUGGGGGAAACGCAGGCCUGAUGAAAUGUGGCAAAGGCACGACUUAUGAAGGAGGAACGAGAGAGCCGGCCAUCGCAUAUUGGCCUGGAUCCAUCCAACCAGGUGUGACCCGUGCUCUGGCCAGCUCUUUGGACAUUCUGCCCACCUUUGCCAAACUGGCUGGAGCUGCGUUACCUGACGUUCAACUAGACGGGGUCGACAUGACAAACAUCCUGUUGAAUCGCGGAGCGAGUGAAAGACAGACCAUCUUUUACUACCCGAUUGCUCCAAGUGAGAAGUAUAGCGUGUUUGCAGUGAGAUGGAAAAAUUUCAAAGCACAUUACUAUACACAGGGUGCAAUUCACAGUGAAAACCCCCAGGACAGCAACUGCUCAUCACUUUUCCUCAAGCGCCAUGAUCCUCCUUUACUAUAUAACUUAGAGGCAGACCCAUCAGAAAACUAUAACCUUAACAGUACCGAAUGGGACUCUGUGCUCAAGCAAAUCCAGGCUGUCAAGGAACAGUUUGAGGCUUCUAUGGUGUUUGGCGAGAGUGAGAUUGCCAAAGGGAGAGACUCUGCACUCGAGCCCUGCUGCAUUCCUAAUUGCACCCCUAAACCCACAUGCUGCCGCUGCACUUCUGCACUUUAAUGGAAGCAGCGGCCGGCCAGAUCAUGAAAUUACAAUUCACAAGACCGCCGAAAGACUGAUUGUGUUUACAAUCUUCCAUUGAUUUUCUUCUCAAAGCAAAAUGCAAUGAAAAAGCAUAAUAACUUUUCUGGAAUCUUGUUUAGGUUCUUUGCUGAAGGAAAACAACUGAAGAGAUUUGAUAAAAAAUGAAGUUGAUCCUGUUGCUUAUUUUGUCCACAAAUACUCCAGUUGAUGCAUAGAAUGAUAGUAUGAAUGCUAAAAACGUCUUAUUGAUUUUCUCACUUAUCUUUCAGUUUGACUAGUUCACUGAUAUAUUAAUAGGCUGUUAACAGUGACUGGUUGUGUUACGUAUCCGGUCCAUGAACUUCCGUCUGCUAGCCAUCAGAGGUCACCCUUUCCACU